CGUGUCGUAUCGCAGGAUGAACGCGGAAAAAGCUCAAUUAGCGAGCUGCGAGCUGUGCGAGCCGUGAACGCGGUGCUCAGUGCAGAUGCAGCCGUAUAGUCACGCGAGCCAACGACUCGGACGCGUAUAAUAGAAGCAAACGAGCGUCAAUGACGAGGCAGUAGCUGCGACGACUCGACGAGCUAGCCGCGCGCACGCGGCAACGAUUGCACGCCUCGCACGCUUAUACGAGCGCAGUUUUUCAUAUAAAAGGCCCGGAUCGCCACGAAAACAGCUUCACUUCCAUCGUCAUGUCGUCGGCCGAGCAGGAGGCGAAAAAUCUUCUGGCCAAGAUCGAGAGGAUCGUCGAUCGGGCCUUCUGCGAGAUGCUCCUGAGGCAGCUCGAGGCCCACGAGGCUCCAAUCGAGGUCAAGGCCUUGAGCAUCAGGCCGGCCACGAACAAGGGCGACAAUUACACCAGCGACAUGUUCCGGGUGAGCCUCGAAUACGUCAGCGGAGGCCGAGAGAAGAAGACGAGCCUCGUCGUCAAGUCCGAGCCGUUGACCGACGGCAUUCACAAGGACAUGAUCUCGAGGUCGACGCUCUUCUCCACGGAGAUACGCAUGAUGUCCGACAGCCUGACGAAAAUGAACGGCUUCCUCGCUCCGGGCCAGAAGCUCAACGGCCGAGGCUUGUACACGCAAAAGAAGAAUCCACCGAUGCUGGUGAUCGAGGACCUUCAGCCACUGGGCUUUCGCAUGGCCGAUCGCGAGUCGGGCCUCGACUAUCCUCACUGUCUGCUCGCCAUCAAAGGAUUGGCCCGUUUUCACGCGAGCUCGGUCGCCCUCUGCGAAAAGGAGCCCGAGCAAAAGGACUGGUACAGGCGGGGAAUAUUCGUCAAUCAGCCGGACGAGGUGAAGCAGUUCUUUACUCAGGGCGCCCGGUCGCUGGCCCAAGAGGCCGCCAAUUGGCCGGAGCUCGACCAGCGGAUAGUCGAGAAGAUCGGGCGGAUCGCCGAUGACAUCUACGAGCGAGGCAGUGGCGUCUCGGACUGCCGAAGCCACGAAUUCAACGUCAUCAAUCACGGUGACUUCUGGGUCAACAAUAUGCUCUUCAAGUACGACGCGAAUAAUCGGCCCAUCGGACACAUUUUCGUGGACUUCCAGCUCAGCCUGUACAGCAGUCCAGCUGUGGAUCUGCAGUACUUUUUCAACACGAGCCUGAGCGACGACAUGCUGUUGGCCAAGGAGUCGGCCCUACUGGAGGCCUACCUGGCGGAGCUCGAGGCGGUAAUGAAGGCGGCGGGUUGCCGGACUCGGGCCCCGAGCAUGGCCGAGCUCCAGCGGAUGAUGCGCGAGCGAGCGACCUACGGCAUGGUGGCCGCCUUCACGGUGCUGCCCCUCGUGCUCGUCGAGAAGUCCGAGGUCAAGAGCUUGGACGAGAUGAUGAGCAGCGACGGCACCUACGACAAUCCGGCCUAUCGGGGCAAGGCAUACCGCAAGGCUAUGGUGCGCCGCCUGCCGAAAUUUGACCAGCUCGGCUUGCUCGAUUGAUCGCGCUUGGCCGCACUCUUCGAUCCGAGGCCAGCUUAUCUUAUCACAUUUAUCGUAUGUACACAAGAGAUAUAGCUAUCGAUUCGCUGCCUCAAUAAACAUUUAUGAAAAUCAA